AAAGAUUUAGUUGCAAAAUUCAAGGAGGAGUUGAUGAAUAAUUAGCAUAGUUCCCUGUUUGGCCAUCCGGACUGCAAAGGUCAUUUCCCGCAAAAUACAAACAAAAAUCUAGUCUAAGUUGAAACCGGAACGCAAUUGGCGAAAGGACUUUUUUUUCUUGCAAGUAAUAAAACGCAGAAGGCAACAGCGUUGGAAAACAUUUCCUCAAACUGAUAAAAUACAGUAUUGUUAUCGGCGGCGGAGAUGGCUGCUGCUUGUCUUUUCACACCCAACCCAAUUCAUAUCCCUUCUUCCAGGAAUGGAUUCGUAAACUUGGCCUCCUCUCCAUCUGCAAAGUGUCGUCGUCUGCUUUUUCCAAAUCGUCUUCGUUUCAAUCGCAGAAUCUAUUGUAACCAAGACGAUUACAGCCGCUCCGGGAAUCAACCUCAGCCCUCGUCCUCCUCAAUUCAGCUUUAUGGGGAAAUUGAGAGUCCUGGUCCCUGACUCCUGGAUUCUGCACUAGUUGAUCCUCCAGUUUCUGGUCUCUGUAAUUUACUCUUAAAAUUUAUGAUUUCUUUCAAUUUGUUAUUACAACCGGGGACAAUCUGGUGUUCUUACAAACCGGUUCAUCAAGUUCCCACACUAUAGGAAUAGAAGUAGCUAUGUUGGUUCUGCAAAUUUAUUACUUCACCUCUUUCAUAUCAAACAUGUUUAACAUAGAUGAAUAUUAAAGUUAUUUUGGGUCUAAAACUAGGCCAUCAUUAUGUACCCAUCUAGUUGAACUUAUGCUCGAGUUCAACAAGAAGUUAAAGUAGUUUAAAUUGAAAGGAAUUGUUGUAUUGACAUAACAACUUUUAAGUUUUCAAGUUCAUAGAUAUGGAAAGAUCUAAAGUCUACCUCUUUGUUGCAACUGGGCAAUCCAGUUUUAGAAUUU